CUAGGCACGCAAAUGGCUAGCCUCUCCGAUGCUAACGCCAGCCUAUCCAUGCUAAAGGUCCGUCGAGGGGAUAGGAAAUCCGGCUAGUGGCCAGCCUAGGCACGCUAAAGGCUAGCCUCUCCAAUGCUAGCACCAGCCCGUCCAGGCUAACGUUAGCCCAUCCAUGCUAAUAGACAGCAGAGGGAGUGUUUGAACCAGUCAAUGACCAGCCGAGUAGUGAUGUGUCUGUCGCGAACGAACCGGCUCUAAGAGCCGGCUCUUUGAAGUGAACGACGGGAGCCGGCUCGUCAUUGGGAGCCGUCCCCUCCCCCCUCCCCUCUUGCUUUGGUGAAAGCUACAGGUGAUUGGUCAACAUGUGUAACUGUGUGUCCAGACUGUGCACUCACAGAGCAGUAGGGGCGGGGAAAAGGGAGGAUCAGACUCAGACAGACACACAGCAGAGCACAUGUGGGAGGAGGGAGACAAGAGGGAAUGAGGAGGAGGGAAAAGGCGAGAGAGAGGGAGGAGAGUGCGACGAAGACAGUGAGAAAAUGAGCGCCAGCCGUCGGAAAGUGGAGAUUUCUUAAAGUGUUCCAAUCAAUUUUUGGCAAGGGAAAUUAUCUUCUUUUUUUGUCAUUUUUGGGGUGUUUAUGAUGAUACAGUAGACAGUAUGAUUACAGUAACAUCAACAGAUAAUACAUAAAUCCAUAGAAAUGAUAAAUAUUUGAUAUAUUGCUUUUUUUACAUUACUGCAUUAUUUUGGUUAUAAAUGUAUUCUACGCAACAUAAAAUCUGAGGAGCCACUUGGGAGCCGAAAGAGCCGGCUGUUUUUGGUGAGCUGAGCCAAAAGAACCGGCUCUCUAAAAAGAGCCGGAAUUCCCAUCACUACAACCGAGGGCUGCUAGUCCCUAGCGUAUCUAUUAGUAACGCCGGUAAAGGUGCUAUUUCUCAGUAAUCAGCGCCAGCCUCUCAGUUACCGGCGCCAGCUUAUCAUUAAUCAGAUUGGUAGUUUGCUUCGGAACUUAUAUAGCCUUCUGCUGCUGGGCAGUAGUCUUAAUUUUGGCCCCCAUGCCGUGCCAUAAUGAAGCACUUUGAGGGGCAUUGAUCGCCUAGAGAUGCAGAUAUAAUGUAAGCAUCAAAAAUAUGAUACAGCAUACAUCAUGGACUGGGGAUUAUUUAGGUUUACUUUACAAAUUUCUAAAGAAAAAUACAACAACUGGCAUGUGCAACAUAAGGGCUUUCUGUUUAAUAAUUCAGAAAACAUUCCUUCAAGUUAAAGGGCCAAACUCUGAUAAAUUUUAAUGGAGACAUGUUUCCUGACUUGUGAAACUUGGCAGACAGCAGAGCAAGAAUUAUACGUGCAGGCGGGGUGCUGUGCCAUACGGUCCAGAAUGCUGCACGCAUAGAACUGCAUCCUACAAUGGCACAGCUUAAUCAAAUCAUAAAUCACGUAACCCCCCAGUACAGCGUUAUUUAUUGUGUUUACCUGCAAGGGUUUCGCCAUGGUUUUCACUUGGAUCAUCCAUCACUGGCUCCGGCGGAUGUGGAACAACAGGCUGUUGUUUUGAUCUGGCUCCCCGUCUAAACCGGUCAAAUCAGGUGGUGGUUGUCGCUUUCUCCUCCGUAUGACCCAUGUGGAGGGACGGAGCCCAGUCCGGAUCGCAUUCCAGCAUGCUGUAGGCCGGUUUGCCUGCAUACGACACUAAUAGCAGCCCGCAAAGCUAAUGAAAACAAAGCACUCCAGCUAGUGAUGUGACGUUCACGAACGAAACAAAUCUUUUGAACGAGUUUUCAAAGUGAAUGAUGAGAGCCGAGCCCCUGCAGAGAGCGUUCAUCUUAAUAAACCUCCCCGGAAGUCGGUCCAACUCACCCGCUCAAACCCCACCCACUGCUGUGACGGACGUAGGAGGAACCACAGAUAUGUGUAUAAACACGCUAACCAACCCCGUGCACCCUCACGGACACCGCAGGAAGACGCUGCUCUUGCUUUUGGCUUCAUUUCAUUCUAAGGAGCCAGUCUUUUGUACGGAUUUUUGAGGUAAACGGCCGACUAAUGAACGGCUCCCAUGAAAGAGCCAUAAAUCCCAUCACUAAUUCCAGCGAAACAAAUGGGCCAGCAGCGGUCUUAUUUGUGAGCUGUAUCUACAAAUUCGCUAUGAUAAAUCACUUCACUGCAAUGCAUAAACUUACCUUUACGGAAAGGUCUAUAGCAGACCAACAUGUGACCUGGGGUGUCCUCAAAUGUUAAGUUAGGUCUUCUGAUAGCAGCAAUCCAUGCCAUCCUUUGCCUCUUUGUAGCUUCAGACACAUCGCUGGAACAACCUCUCUUCCACACAGGAAUCCGAAAUAAACGUGUGCCUUUGGCUACUAGCCUUCCCUGGUGGUCUUGCGACCUAGUAUGGAAAUCAACAACACAACAAGCUCUGACCAUGUUAGGGGACAACUGUCCGGAAAAAAAUAGAAUGGAAUGAGCGCGCUUAGAGUGGUUUGGGGGGGAGGGCUGUCCCUCAUACCUACAAUCCUUUGCGGUUUGAAGCCGGAAAUGACGACACGUUUUCAUUCUCAAUUGGGGAUUGGGACACUCUACGCACAUCGCACCCCCUGGUCGGGAUUGCACAUUUGAAGGGCGCAAGGGUGGAAGUGCGAGUAUUGAGGCUGGGCCCAAGUCAGUGGGGCAAAAAUGCUAUUUUCUAAUUCUGCUUGUUACGUGCCAUGGAUUUCACAUAUGACGUCCGUGAAUUUUAAAGAAGCGCUUAUUUUUGCCCGGGGGAAACACUAUUUUAGGUUUGGUGUGAAAAUAUGUCCAGGACUACAAAUGUGCUUCACGAAAGUGACGUCAUCAAACCAGAGCAAAAAAGAGGGAAAUGGCUGUAAGUUAAGCAAACUUCCAAUCCUUCUUUCAGGAGUAAAGAUCCACCAUGAAUCUGGUCAUGUGGUAAGUAGCAGCUACGCUAGCGGGGAGGAGAUUAUGUGGUGACAUCAUAUAUGCGAUGUGUUGACCUAGGCUCCCUAUAGAUGUCAGUGGGUUUUUCCUACUAUUUUCUGCUCUGUUCUUGUGUGUUUUUAUUGGUGACUGUUCUGUUUGUGCUUUUAUGUUUCGAUGUUUUGUCUCUGAGCAGAACUUUGUUCUGAAUCCAUUCUGUUUUUAACUGUGCUAAAUACAUUUGGGUUUGCAUCAAAUUAACUAAAUGCUCGUGAGUUAGUAUUGAUCAGUGGAACAACCUUCAUCAGCAGCAGUCCCAGUUGGGUCACGAGCAGACAUUCCCUUCUCACUCGUGGUUCACCCAACUACCCCCCAUAUGCCGCUACGCAUCCCUGGGUAACAGGAAGUAAACCUACUCUAGUAACUGCUACAAUAUGUCUAUGGUUUACGUCCACGCGUCUGCCAUAUUGCCUAUGCCAUAGAUUCUACGGCACGAUUGUCAUGGAAACUAUUAUAACAGCAUCUCUAAACUGAGUUAUCUGAAUCAAAAGGACUAAAGGACAAGUUUAAUCAUUGUCGAUGAAUCGUUUUUGUGUCUUUGAAUUCAUAACAAUGAUCAGUGAGACCAAAAACGUGUAAAUAAGCAUAGAACCUUAAUGGUCCCUCAGGAUGGACAACAGCAAAUACUCACAUGAUGGUUGGAUGGAUGGAUCCCUGGAUUGUCACGCCUAAGGAAUCAUUUAUCCUAGCUUAUGAAUGAAUGAAUGUCUUUAGAUAUCCAGUCUUUCUGUUUAUGUGUAUUAAGGAGCUUAUUGGUGUGUGGUCUUCUACUUAUUUGUUUCUGUCUGGUUUCAUGUUAGCCAUGUCGGAGUCUCCUGGACGAAGGUCCUCUGUCUCCUCUGUUUACUCCGUCUCUCUGGUGGAGAUCAAGGCAGAGACUCAUCUAGUCCUCAAGGCUUUCCUUGAACGGACUCUGUCCACCCCUCAGAAAGACAGGCCAGGUAGAGUGGGAGGAGCCUAUAAAGAUCACAGCAAAUACAGCUCCAGACCUCAGUCCAAAUCUAAGGAUGGAUAUCAGUCUGAGGGUGAAGAUGAAGGGCAGAGGAAGACUAGUUUCAAAGAUUUCAUAAAGCAGCUGCCUUAUCGGAACUCAAUACUUCGCUCAAAAGAUUCCAAAGGCUCCCUGGGCAGGAGCAGCAAGGCCAAACCGUCACACCAAACAGAGCAGGAUAGCUUAUCUCCCUCCUCCUCCGAUGAAGAUGAUGGCGAGAAGAGGAGGAAGCAGAAACAAGUAAAGAUCAGGAAUAAGCUCGCCAAGUUCUUCAAAAAGAGGCUAAAAGAGAAGAAAGACAGAGAGAAGGAGGACAGCGGAGCAUCUCCCCAGAGGCCGUCUGUCCUGCCUUCAGAGGCAGGACGGGAUUCUGCUCAGGACCUUGUUUCUCCAAGUCACACAGGUGGCUUCUACGAGGAGUUGGCCGGGAAGCUGGAAAAGAUAGCCAGGAAAUCCUCCAGGAUCGCGUCCCCGAGUGUUACACUAGAGUCAUCAUCAGACUGUAGUAAAGAAGCAGUGGUCCAGAAGCUGGUUGUGCUGCUCUCUUCAGAAGGAGACGCUAUGAAUGAGAAGAUCCAGUCCGACCCGUUCCUGCGCUCCAGCCUGGUUCGUCUUUCAUACCCGUCAUUUGCCAAGCUUCUAGACGUUGUUGGUAGCAGUGUGGGAUCAGAGGCUCCACCUGUGCCGCCACCAGGUAGUCCAACUCUACGUCGCAUGGCUGUGUCUAUGGAGGUGUCACGGCGAAUAGUCACAGCAACGGGAACCCAGCGCAUGGAGGGCUUUGCUGAGCGCUACAUGCAGAGCUUCGUCCCAUGGGUCAAAAGUCACGGAGGCUGGGAGAAUGUGGCAGAUUUGGAGGAUUCUGUGGAGUACGACUGACGUUCAAACAAACUGAACUGACUCAGGUUAGCUAACGAGUGAUGGACCGACCCUGCCUCGCGUUCCUCCGUGAACAAGCUGAGCCACCUGGACUCGUGUGGAUAGUGACACAAUAAACUCUGUUAGGGUCCACGUUGACCUGUGAACCUGCGCCGGGUUCUGGUUUCACAGGAUCAAGUAGAAACACUUUAGUCAACACAACUACAAGCUUUUACUUUGAAAACAUGCAGGUGACACUGGAAAAACUAGAAUCUGGUGCAUUAAUGUCAAUGAUCCAACCUAAAAGGUGAAACUAAUCUGAGACAGACUCAUUCCAGGCAGAUCCAGAUGUUUCUGCCCUUAUUAGUUCUAACUGAGAUGAUCAUGGUUUACAGAUGAUAAGAACCCACAUUCAACAUCUCAAUCCGAAUGUUGGUUCAGUUCUCUAGUUCAAAAAGGGUCACUCCACUGAAACUGCUCUGUUAGCAGUGACAGAAUCCUUAAAAGAAGCUAGAGCGACUGCCAAAUCCUCCGUGCUUAUCCUGCUCGACUUAUCGGCUGCAUUUGACAGUCAACCAUGGCUUCCUUUUGUCCACACUCUCCAGCAUGGGCAUCACAGAGAAAGCACACGCCUGGUUUGAAUCGUACCUCACAGGACGAUCAUACAGUGUAUCUUGGCUUGGACAAUCCUCUACCGUGCACCAUCUUGCCACAGGAGUCCCCCAGGGCUCUGUACUAGGACCUCUUCUCUUUGCCAUAUACACCACCUCACUGGGUGAGAUCAUUCGAUCACAUGGCUUCUCCUACCACUGCUAUGCAGACGACACCCAGCUCUAUCUGUCAUUUCCACCGGCCGACCACACUGUCUCUGCACGAAUAUCAAACUGUCUCUCUGACACAUCAAAAUGGAUGAAAUCCCACCAUCUCCAACUCAACCUCUCUAAAACUGAACUACUUGUCAUCCCAGCAAAAUCAUCCAUACAGCACAAUAUCUCAAUCCAAAAUGACUUCCUAUCUCUGGCUCCUUCAAAGGCAGUUCGAAAUCUGGGUGUUGUGAUUGAUGAACACCUGAGCUUUAAAGAUCCUGUUGCCUCUGUUGCUCGUUCAUGCCGCUUUGCGCAGUUUAACAUACAAAAGAUCAGACCAUACCUAACACAACAUGCCACCCAGCUCCUGGUGCAAUCUACUGUCAUCUCCCGCCUCGAUUACUGCAAUGCCCUUCUAACUGGUCUUCCAGCCUGUACUGUGAGACCUCUUCAAAUGGUCCAGAAUGCAGCGGCGCGUCUGGUCUUCAAUCAGCCAAAAAGAGCACACGUCACCCCUCUGUUCAUUGAGCUCCACUGGCUACCGCUAGCAGCACGCAUCAAAUUCAAAUUGCUAACACUAGCAUACAAAGUCCGAGAUGGUACGGCUUCCAUCUACCUGAAUCCUCUUGCAAAGGCUUACGUCUCGGUCUGGCCGCUCUGGUCAUCACAGGAUCGUCGGCUAGCAGUGCCUACACCACGCUCAGGACAAUCCAGACUCUUCUCAUGCAUCGUUCCACAAAUGUAGAAUGGCCUACCAAGCACUACCAGAACAGGAGCUUCCUUUUCAAUUUUCAAGAAACUCCUGAAGACCCUGCUCUUCAGAGAGCAUCUUCUAAACUAGCACCCUCCCUGCACCCGUCCCCCCUCUCUACUGUCCACUCCUUGUUCCCUCCUCUCCAUGAUUGAUGUCAAGUUGUUGUUGUUAUUGUUGUUGUUAGCCUCAAGGGCAACAUGCCGAUUAUCAAUUGUAAGUCGCUUUGGACAAAAGCGUCUGCUAAAUACAUAAACAUAAACAUACAUAAACAUACUCUAGACUCAAAGUGUCACACUCUGAUCAGCUGAUGAAUCCAGAGCACCUGCAGAGGGUUCCUGAGCCUUUAGAUGGUCUCUCGGUCUGAGCUGGAUUACUGACGAAUAUGGACCUGAUUCUAGUUUUCACUGUUCCACCCGUAAACCAGCUGCUUAGGGUUUUACCUGUGGUAAGGUUAGGAGACCAUUUUCCUUAUUUAUUUAGAAAACUAAAACCUGGAAGCUGCUACUGUCUACUACCCCCCCAACUCCGACUACUGGUAUUGCAGGUGCUACCUACUACCACGUCUGCUUUGGUUUCCCUGCCAACUGGGCCGUAAACAAACCUGUCUGACACUAGUGGCUCUGGUCUGAGUUGGUUUCUAACAAGUUCGACUGAUCCUCCAUCUGAAAACUGACGGGGUUAACUGCUGACUUGCUCUUGACUAACGUUUAAUGCACCAGUCUGUUCAAAUGUAUUUGCAGUUAAUAUUUAAGCUAAUGGGAAAGAUACAUAACUACAGUGGUUAGGGUUAGGUCUAGUUCAGUGUUUGUCAGGUUUAGUACUUUCGAGAGAUCAGGCAGUAAUAAAGUACUACUAUAGUUACUCCAAAUAGCCAAAAUAGCAGGAGUCGUCCCCUUUAUUGUCUCAGAAGUUACCAACAUAAAUGUAACUUCACAUGACUGACUGUUUUGGUGCACGGGUACUAUUGUAUAUUUGAUCAUUUGGUUUUUGUUUUAUCAUCUGUAAAAUAACUGAAGUUGAACAAUCUCUAAAUGUUGUUUUAUUUUGACACAUUCACUGUCACGGCCACCAGGAUCAGCCUGGCGUGACGGGAACAGCACGAAUGUGAUGUUUGCUCUCAAACUCUACGCCGUUUACGGAACUCUGUCGCACCAAGUUGGGAAAACGUCUGGAAUCAGGAAGUAUUUACAUCUUACUGUGUCGAUUACAGGCAGAAGUCAACAAUGUUUCAUCUAUUUAUUUCUUGCAGAUGAAACAGGUGAUGUCUAAGAACAUGUAGUACUGUGUAUUGUAGACUUGUACUGUAGUAGUAUUUAUUGUAGUACUCAGGCUGAAACAGGCUUUUAUAUUAAACUCCUUCGUGUCGAUGCAGCCACGUGAGAGUUUGAUCGAGCUGCAAACACUCCUGAUGACUUGACCUACUGCUUUGGUUUUCUUGGCUCACAUCGACCCUUUCCAAGCUCCCUCUGCUGCCUAAACUCCUGGAAAAAGAUGGCUGUAAACACUGAAAAUGCUCCUGGAUGAGCAUGACAUUCCCAAGGUUUUCCAGUCUGUGUUUUAAGAAUCUUCACAGCAGGGAGUCUGCAUUGCUGAGGGUCGAAAUGUCGUCUGACUCUGGACACACUUGGUGCUCUUGGACGUGUCCACAACCGCGGAUCAUGAAAUCCUCGUGUCACCGGUAUACGGUCGUUAUUUGGACAGUGGCUUUGGAACGUUUUGUCCUAAUCAGCUAAUCAGGGUUUUUUGUGUCAGAGUUGGUGACUUGGUGUGUCUUUGUGCCACUGUAUUGUUUCUUUUCGUUUUUGAUGUGCGUUUAACUGUGCAGCACUUUGGUACAUCUUGUUUUUUUAUCAACAGUUUAUAAAAAAAAAACUGGAUUUGAUAGCUGUGGAUUUAUGAUCCUAAAUCCAACCUUUUAUAAAUUCUUAUUUCUAUCUGGGAGUGAAAAAUCUGUGGUUAACCUGUUUAACCCUAACACCCCCCCAAUCGGGAGCCUCUACACUUUCAUGUCCCAAACAUCUACAAGUGUCCACAUUCUCCAAACACGACUAAAACCACAACCAAACAGCCCAGAUGGCAAACAAGGCCGUUUUAAAUUGAAAUAAAUUAAGAUGCAAUGAUGAUUGAACUUUAUUUUAGAAGACCUUCUCUGGUGUCUGCUGGAAAAAACCCUUGAACAAAUGUAGUUGAGGCCCCCUGGAAUAAAUAAAACAAUGGACUAAAUUUCCUAAAUGGAAUUUGAACUCACAGCCUCCAUCCUGUCAGCACUUUCACACAGGGCAGCUCUUCUAGAAUAAAGUUCAAGUUUUAUUUUAUCUUAAUGUAUCAAAAACCAAAACUUUCUUUGUUUACAAUCUAAACUGGUUUGAUUGUAGCUGUAGCUGUGCUCGGGGAACGCAGACAAUCACUGACACUUGGGACAUGAAACUCCAAAGGCCUCUGAUUGGGAGCCCAAAGAAAAAAGGCCUAGGGCCUAAAGGGACAUCACGUUGAAGCAUUACGUUAUACAGUAUGAUGAAACCUUAUUGUUGGUGUCUAUUGGUCGUUGUCGGUGGUGUCAAACGCUACGUUUAUGGAAACAUUUUCAUGAAAAAUAAAAAUGUUCCAGUUCA